AUGGCGAUCGUCGCCUCGAACGCGAUGAGCGGCGCCCAAGAAGCCUUGGCGAGCAGUGACGACGUCGUUCCGCCCAAGAAGGCCGCCAAGAACACCAACUGCGACGCGUUCAUCAUGAACGGUGAGGCGAUCAUCUCCCUCAGUCGCAACUUGUCCAGCGCCUACGCCAAGGUUUGUUCUCUCUAAACAACAUUUCCGAGUAGAAGUUUUAAGCACAAAAAAUUGAAAUAAAGAUCCUAGUGCGAGCGUUCCACAGUUCCCAAAAAUAGACGGUUUGAUGGUGACUCAUCGUCGGCAUGUCUCCGCAACGCAUCGAUUAGCAAACGAUAAGAAAGUGUUUCGUUAAAUUUAAGACUUUUCCACCAUAACGUUAUCUCAAAUAGGAAAUAAGACGAAUUUAUUGUAGAAAAAGUUUUGAGCCCCGAAAAAGAUACUAAAUGUUUCAUUUUGAGCAUUUUAUAUUUUAUUAUUCAAUGAAAUAGUUUCGUAAUAAAAUUUUUCUGGAUAAUAUAUCCUCUUUCUCUAACUUAUAAAAAAAAUUUUUUUAAUUUAUAUUUUUCUCUUGUUUUUAUAGAUUUUUUUCCUAGAAAAAAAGAAAAAGAUGCAAAAAAAUUGCCAAAUUGUGAAAAUUUUUCGAUAGAGAAUUUACCUCUUAAUUAUAUAAAUUUGAAGGUUUUUGAUUUAUCAUUAUGAUAAGGAAAAAAUAAAGAAAAUCGAGGACAAUGUCAAAAAGUGCGGCAUUUUGAGAUGGCCAAAGACCAGCUGCCGUCGAACAUCGAGGUGAAUCCCUCGCCCUCUUCGCUACCGCAGUCGACGUCCGCCGGCGUCGCCUUCCCUUCGAUGAAGCGCCGGAGCACGAGAUCGCGACUCCCGGUCUCGGUCAGCCAGCCUGACGGCGUGCGUCGAACGGUUGGUCCGGCUCUCCUGAGCUCCACCUGAACUGUUUCAGAAGGAGUACGAUACGCCAGAACGGACUCCGACCCUCGUCGAAGUUGAAGUUCCUUCAUCUCAAGAAAAUGUACGUUUUCUUUCUUCUUUCAGCUUUGAACUUUAUUUUAUGUUCUCUAAAAAUGUUUUUAUAUUGUUUUUCUACCGUUUAGAAGGCCUGUCAAGUUGACUUUAUUGAUUUUGAUAACUGCUCGAUCCCAAUUCUAAAACUAAUUCAAUUUUUUUUGAUCUAUCCAUACGGUUAGAGUAAUGAGGGUUGACAUUCUUCAACAAAUCAAGCUGAGGCUCAGCUUUAAAAUAAUUAAACACUAACUGAUUAAAACUAACUUUUAGCAUUUUUCAAUAUAAUAUUUAGAAUGAAUUUUGUCCCCCUUCAGAUUUUCGAAAAGCCUUCAAAAUGAAUUUCAGUUUUCGCUCAUGGUUUAGCUGUUCUUCAAAAAAGAAAAGAGCUUUAUGCAUAUUUUUGAUCUACAUUCGACUUCUACAGGAGAAGGAAAACGUGACGACGAUUGACGGAGCAACGGCCGCAACGGGGAAAGGCGACGAGCCGUUGCAGUGGUUCUCCGAGCCGAGCGGGAAUCCCUCGGAUCUCCCCGUCGGUCGGUUUUUAGCGCAUUUCAAGCUAUUCGACACGUGUUUUCAAUACUCCGAAUGAUGCUGACGAUCUCAAUCGCCGUUAACCAUGUGUGCUUCUGAAGAUCCACUCGAGUAUUUAUUUCUCUCAUGCUGCGUUUUCCUUGUCAAAAUUCUUAUUGAUUUUCCAUAUUUUUUUUCGCUCGAGCGGAGAACUUUGGUUAUCAAGUUGUUUUUCUUAUAGUCUCAUAAUUUUAAUUUUAUAAUUUCAUCAGUCUUCAUAGGCCGUUGAAAUCAAAAGGCGCCGAGAUCGGUUGAGCUGCCGAUCCCUUUAGGAGACCCUUAUCUAUUUUUUUCCGUAGCCUGUUCAAAUUACCAAUUUCAGACCAAGUAAUAGCUAAUUUGAUAAUUUGUUCUUUUGUUUUUAUAUAAUCAUGCAGAACUUGAAUGUGAUUGUUUUUUUUUUUCACGAAACCAAAAACUAAAAAAAAAGAGGUUUUUUCCUGUUUUAACUAAUUUUCAUUUUCUUUCCAGAGUCUCCUGCGAAGGCUUCUGACACCUCGGAAGGCUCAUCUUUUACCGCUCAAUUUUCUUCUUCUGCGGCAAAAAAUCCGGAGAAAUCGGAAGUCGGCAGCUGUGACACGUUCAUUAUCGUAAGCUUUUUCGAAAUGAGCCGCGUGUCCCCAAUUAGUUUCACGAAACCGAUUCCCACCUGACCAAGAAAUUUUGCUACUAGACCGAUUGAAAAAACGUUUCUCUCUCGAAAUUUGAAACGAUUUAAGCAAAGGAAAGUACUCUAAAUUUCCAAAACCAUUGGUAAAGUAAUCGGGGUGUCUUAAAAUUUCGAAUAAGUCAGCCUUGUGUUAUAAAAAUGUUGAGAAAUUUGGUUGGACAGAUAAUAAAUGAACGAUAUUUUUUCUUGAAUAACAUUUGGAGACUAAAAAUAUGUUUUCCGGGCUAUUCACAGGUUUUCUGAGAGAUGUAUGAUCAAAACUAUGUCGUUCUAUAGAAUUCAAUAAACUGAAUUGCGAUUCUUAUCGUAUUUGACAACGAAACGUUUGAAAGUUGGACAUUUUAUUUCUGCUCUCAUGAUUUUUGUAAAAAGUUGGUAUUUUUUUGAAUAUUUUCUCAAGCCAGAACCUAUAUUUUGUUCGAGAAACCACAUGUGUUUCAGGAAAAGGAGGAAUCGUUCGCGGAGAAAACGGCGACGACGCUUUGCUCGAUGUCGCCUCCAGAAGCGUUCACGACGGCCAUCGAGUCGCCGGUCCGCCAUCCCAAGUCGGUGUCCGCGGCCAACAGUCCGAGCCUCCGUCGGAUCCUCGGAACAACCGCCAAUCCAGCGUCGCCGACCGCCUUCCACAGCAACUCGGGGACGCCGACCACCGCCGAGGGCAGUCGAACUGGCCUCAGCAAUGUCUUCGGUAGUUCUUUCCUCCUUUCUGCGAUCCUUAAACCCGAUUUCCUGCAGUCGAUCGCUACGGCUCGCUCAGGUCGAACACGACCGGAGGCCUUGGCGACGUGCCGCCUGGCGAAGAACGCGACGCCGCGGCACUCGCCGCCCGACUUUACGCCCUUCGCGGAUACUCCAUAUCUGACGUGACAGAGAAGCUCAACGAAAUGUCCGAAUACCAUCUAAAGUCCAGGCCUUCAUCUCAUUCUCUUUUCAGGAGCGAUUCCGCCCAAUUGGUUCUCGUCAAGUACUUGGAAUUGUUCCAGUUCUCAAAUCUACGUAUCGACCAAGCCCUACGCGAAUUCCUGAGCAGGUUCGUUGAGAUAUUACUGAGCAUGAAAUCGAUGUAAAACAGUUUUCAUUCCACCAAUGUGUCACGGGGCUUUCUGGGCUAAUUUAUGUGAGUUUUCGCAAUCAAAAAAUGACAAAGAGCUCAGUUUUUUUUCUAUUGAGUUGAAAACUGGGAAAUAAAAAAAGUUUUUAUUUUUUAGAGGUAGGCAUUUGUUACCUAAUAACUUUUAUUUGAAUCAUUUGGUUUUGUCAGAAAUGUUCUUUGAUAUGAAUUUACUUAUAUAGAGAAAAAAACAUACCUAGGUCUGUUUGAAUAUUUCAACUUUUUCAUUCUCAAAAUAUAAGUUUGAAACGGUUAUUUUUUUCAGAUUGAAUAAUUGACCGUACGAUUAUCUUUUACUAACAGAAGGAGAACUUUAUUCUUGAAAGAAGUUUUCAGACUUUCUUGCUAUAAUAAAAACAAAGUCUAAUUUUCUCAUCGAGCUUUCAGAUUCAGAAAGAUAACAAGAUAACUGGUUAUGCAAAUGUUUCAUUUUCCAGAGUUGAACUGCGAGGAGAAUCUUCUCAAAGAGAACGUCUUCUGAGAUUCUUUUCUUCGAGAUAUUACGACUGCAAUCCUUCCUUAUUCCCUUCUUUAGGUGGCGUUUGACUUUGAGUUUUCACUUCAUUUUGAUUCACUUCAACCCAUAUUAUUUUUCUAAAGAGGACCGAGUAAUCCCCAAAUUUGGCCUUUUUCUCGAUUUUCUGGUUUCAGACGACGUGCACACGUUGACGUGCGCGCUGCUGUUGCUCAACUCGGAUCUGCACGGUCCAAAUGGCGGCCGGAAAAUGUCGCCUCGCGACUUUAUCACGAAUAUCGCUCACACGGGCUCCGAGUACAAACGCGACCUCCUGAAACAAUUGUACGCGAGUAUCCGCGACAACGCCAUCGUCCUCAACAGGUUUCACACCAUGGAUCCGCCCUCAAAUCUCGUUUCCGUCACUCUUCUUUUGGAUUUUGGUAGAAACAGUUUUCUGAAAUUCUUUUGAAAUUUGAUCUAUUAGGCUAGAUUCUUUCGAAAUUGAUUUCUUUAAUUCAUUUUUCGUGAUGGUUUAGGAUAUUUUUGAUAAUCGGUAAUACGAUUUUUUUUUCUUUCAAUAUUCUCUUUUCGCUGCGUUCUCACACUCAAGAAAGCGGAAGUUAAAAAAAAGAAAUAAGGCUCUUCAGGUGAGGGAAUUUUCAUCAAUUUCAAAUGAAAUUUUUUUUUAAAGCUGACAUGAAAAAGAAAAAAAACAUGAUUAAGGUUGGAAGAAAUAUAGAAAAAAAAUCUACUUUUUUCUGCUGAACAAAAAAAGGUUCAAGUUGAUUGAUUAGCAGCACGGAUCGAACAUCGCAAAGCGGAUCGACGAUCGGAAGACGUGCGACGAUGAAAAAGUCUCUGAUGCAAUCGACCUUCGAAGUCGAUCCAGAUACCCAGGUGGAAAGACCUGGAAUGAUUGAGGAUUCCAAGAGUUUUCAGGUCGAAUACAAGGCCGGAUUCCUCGGUCGCAAAUGUCUGUACGAUUCGGAUGGCGCCAAGAGUGAGGAGCCUUCAUUUUUAUCUAUGAAUUUUCCCAUCCUCAUCCAAAAUUAUUCAAAAUCGUUGAUUAUUUCGAUUUUGUUGAUGUUUUCAGCUCCAUUUGGACGUCGUGGAUGGCGUGUUUGGUACGCACGACUUCGCGGUCUCGCCCUCUAUUUCGACGUGGACGAGACUCCGAGGGCGCGCAGUCGGUUCGUUCACUCAACUCUUUGGCUUUUUGAAAACUUCAAACUGACUGAUUUUGCUUCCGAAAUUCUUCUUUUUAGAUCAGUGUCAUUUUGACGGUUUUCAUAGCAUGAUCAUUUCGAUCUAACACGUAAAAGAAAAAUUCGAAAAUCGGGGAAAAAAUUAGACUCAAAGCAGCUUAAAAAAUAAGCGAAAUUUUCAAAUCAGUAAAGACAUUCACUGUAAAAUUAAUUUUUCCAGCUAUGCAACAUUUUCGAACGCAAUCAUGCUGCAUCACAGUUUCGCCGAACCGGCUGCUGACUACAAGAAAAGACAGCACGUUUUCCGGCUACGGACCGCGAAUCUCGGAGAAUAUCUUUUCCAGACCGGGUACGACUCUUUCUUUCCUGCUCCCGAUCGGAAAAUGAUUUGGUAUAAAUGAAACCGUUUAUGAACCCUAGUAAAUCUUAUCAACGCGAUCGAACUCUGCUUUUAUUUAAUUUCAUGGAUGAUUUUUUUGCGUACGUAGAAACUUGGCGGAAAAAAUUAUUCUAAAAAAAAACUUCGUUUCUUUUUGGUAGAGUAAUUACUGAACUCAAAACGAUGUUCCUUUCUUAGAAGUUUACAAUUUUUUGCAUUGUGGGUGAAAAAAAUUUGUGAUUUUCAGUUCACCAGAAGAGAUGAAUCAAUGGUGCGAGCAGAUAAAUUUCGUGGCAGCGGCGUUUUCGUCGCGGGCCUUGCCGGCUCCGAUCGCUUCGCAGGGCGUCUUCACUCGCCCCCGCCUCCCGCGAAUGCCGAGCGUGGCUCCUCUGUCGCAGCAGCUGAAGUCGCACGAAGCUGCCGCCAAGGAGUUGCGACAACAGAUGGAAAGAGCUCAGCGAGAGGCUCCGCCCCUUUCUUCGAAGGGAAAACUCGUCGCCGAAUAUUUCUUCCGUGAACGCUGUCUACAUCUCGAGGUGAGACACUUUCUGUGCCUAGCUUGUGAAGAUUUGAAUGUUAUAUCACAAAUAAUCGAUUUUUCUUUCAGAUAACUCGCUACACAACCUAUGCGAAAAUACUUCGACAACGACUCCGAAGCACGGCUGGUCCGCGUCCUUCCGCGUCUUGCGCGACAGAAAUUUGUGGCCAAGACGCCGAACUCGACAACAUCAGCUACAGAAGAGCCGUCAAGUACUCGCCAUAA